UUAUCAUUUAUUUAUUAUUCGAAGGAAGCUAAAGCCGCUCUCACGUUUCUCUCUCCAAACAUAAUAUCAAGACACAAAAUCCAAAUUAAAAAUAGAAGAAGAAGAAAAAGAACUACAUCUGCAUAUCUUCUUAUGUUUUCUUCAUCUAUCAGUGGAUCCCUUUCUGGUUGCCACACCUGUUAAGUGCACAAACGAAGAUUAGAUAUACUUCUUUGAUGGGGGACAAGGAAAAUGCCUUGCCUUCCAAAAAGAGGGCAGCCGGAAGAGAACUUUCAUGGGACAACCCCGGCCUCGAUGACGGCGAAGACACUGCUCCCGAACAAGAGACUGGGACUUUUCAGAAAGCCAGUGAGGAAGUAUUGGCAUCAAGAAGGAUUGUCAAGGUGUGCCGAAAUCCACCCCCAACAGCUGCAUCCUCUAAUCCUUUUGCUGGGAUCCGUUUGGUUCCUUCAACUGGUUCAGGAUCGAAAACAUCCACCGCUACCAUCCAGGCACAACCAGUCAGAGAUGAGGCAGUUUCGGAGGAGGUGGAUUCGAAGGGAAAAAUCGACGAGGAUAAAGAAACCGAGAAAGGAGCUGCUGUUGUAGGUGAACAAAAUGGUAGAGAUGAGAAUGGUAAGCAGCUGAGGAAUGAAACCAAUGGCCCAGUAGCUGAAGCUGCUAAUGAUGAGAGAAAUGAUUCUGAGAAAGUUGCAGUGGAACUGGAGAAGGGUGAUAAAAAGACAGAAACCAAAGGAGACGAAGCUGAGAAAAAAGUUAAGGAAGAGAAUGGCCAGGAGAAGACAGCUGCAGUAGCUGCUCCUCUGAGUUUGUUCCAGCGACUAUCAAACAGCCAGAACGCCUUCACGGGGCUCGCAGGAACUGGGUUUUCGAGCUCGUCAUUUUCCUUUGGGUCAGUUCCAAAAGAUGGGCCUGCCCCCCUUUCCGGACUAACGAAUGGUAGUCCAUCUUUCUCGUCCUUAGGUACAGCAAAUUCCAACAACGGGAGCCCAUCGUCCCUGCAGCUCUUCGGCGCCGUGGCAUCAGAUGCAACCAAAAGUGAGGGAAGCAGCCGGCCAUCUAUGCAGCAGGUGGUCAUGGAAACGGGCGAAGAGAAAGAGAAUGCAGUUUUCACUGCCGAUGCUGCGUUGUUUGAGUAUGUUGAAGGAGGGUGGAAGGAACGAGGGAAGGGUGAAUUGAAAGUGAAUGUUUCAACCCAAGGCACAGAAAGGGCUAGACUCGUGAUGAGGGCCAAGGGUAACUAUCGGCUAAUCUUGAAUGCUGGCCUUUACCCGGACAUGAAACUAACGAACAUGGACAAAAGGGGAAUCACAUUCAUGUGCAUGAACAGCGCUGUCGAAGGAAAGGACAGCCUCACUACAUUUGCUUUGAAAUUCAAGGAUGGGGCGACCGUCAAUGAGUUCUGUGGAGCCAUAACAGCCCACAAAGGGAAAAGGGCUGAUGCUUUGAAUAUGCCCGAGAAUUCUCCAAAGGAUUUUUAGGACUGAGACGGCAACUGAUUUUGACAUGAAAAGAAAGGAAACCAAUUCGACUGAAAUCUCAUUCAGGAGGAAAUGGUGAGAGUUCUUGGUGGACACUCGAAGUAUGGGAAGGACGAUGCACUUGUUUGUGAGAUCUGGGUCGUUCGUUCGUCCGUUGAUUAGUGUGAUUAUUGGGCCAUUCUCCAUCCACGAUAUUAGGAGACGGUGUAGCCUUUAAUGUGGGGCCCACCUUGAUAUGUGCAUUAUACGUCCACUUUGAAGCAGAUCCAAUUCUCAGGUAAACCAUAUCAUAGGUUACACAAGUUUUGGAUUAAGCUGAUAUAAUUUUUUUC